AUGAAUCCCCGAGCCCGCCUAGGCCCCCCCCCGAUCGCCCCACCCUGCCUCACCCCCUGGCGGCGGCGGGGCGGCUCUCCCCAGCCGCACGCGCCCUCCUCAGAACCCCGCACCCCACCACGCGGCCUCCGCACCCCAGGGCCGCCGGGAGCCGCCCGAGCCGCGCCGCGGGGUCCCGCACCGCCGCGGAGGCGCUAUUUUGGGGGCAGCAGCUGCCGCGGAGCCGGCAUCUCCGGUCAGGAGAUCAGAAUUCCCCGUGGGAUCCGGGGCAGAAACCCGAGCGCGGCUAAUUAUAACUCGGGGCUCCGGGAGGGGCCCCGGCGGGGACACGGGGUCGCCCCGGGACGGCGGCGGGAGGCGGCAUCCCCCUGCGGCCCGGCCCGCCCCAGGGGGGGCGUCCUCAGCGCCCCAGACUCCGGGGGCCGGGGAGGGGCCUUCGGGGUCCCCGCGAGCUGCGGGGUUUCCAUCCCCGUCCCCCCACGGCUGCGGGGUCUCCGUCCCCCCAAGGCUGCGGGGUCCCCGUCCCCCCGAGGCGGCGGCGUCCGGCCGCGCUCACUCACUCACCUGCGGUGGGAGGCGGCCGAGCUUCGGCGCAGGCUGAGCCGCUGUGACAGCCGCCUCCGGCCCGCACACGCCCCUCGGGCCCCCGCCCGCCCACUGUCCCGCCCCCGCCCCUCCCCCGCCGCCCCCUCUCCCUGCCGCCCCGCGACCCCGGGGAGCGCGGGCCGGACGGACGGACGCGCGGCGGGCAGACACCACGUGACGGCGCCGGGAGCGCUCACGCGGGCGCCGCGGACGGAAGGACACACUGACACCUGCGCGCCCCGCUGGGACCCCUCGCCGGCCCGGGGGAGGGAGGGCACCGCUGCCAGCCUGCGAGGACGGACACGGCCGGGCCCCGCGGAGGAGGGGACGGCGGGGGGCGCGGGGACCCGGAGGGCGCGGGGACGGCGGGAGGCGCGGGGACGGCGGGGGCGCGGGGACGGCGGGGGCGCGGGGACGGACGGCGGGAGGCGCGGGGACCCGGAGGGCGCAGGGACCCGGAGGGCGCCGCUGGCGCGGGUGCGCGGCGGGCAGCUGCGGGGCGUGCGGCUGCGGGCGCCGGGCGGGCCGGUGGCCGCCUUCCUGGGCGUGCCCUACGCGGAGCCGCCGGUGGGCGCGCGCCGGUUCCUGCCGCCCGAGCCCAAGCGGCCGUGGCCCGGCGUGCUGGACGCCACGGCCUUCCCCAACGUGUGCUACCAGUACGUGGACACGCUGUACCCCGGGUUCGAGGGCACCGAGAUGUGGAACCCCAACCGCGCGCUGAGCGAGGACUGCCUGUACCUGAACGUGUGGGCGCCGCUGCCGCCGCCCGCCGCGCCCGCGCCCGUGCUCGUCUGGAUCUACGGCGGCGGCUUCUACAGCGGCGCCGCCUCGCUGGCGGUGUACGACGGCCGCUUCCUGGCGCGCGCCGAGGGCGCCGUGCUGGUGUCCAUGAACUACCGCGUGGGCGCCUUCGGCUUCCUGGCGCUGCCGGGCAGCCGGGACGCGCCGGGCAACGUGGGGCUGCUGGACCAGCGGCUGGCGCUGCGCUGGGUGCGCGACAACGUGGCGGCCUUCGGCGGCGACCCCGCGGCCGUGACGCUGUUCGGGGAGAGCGCGGGCGCCGCCUCGGUGGGCCUGCACGUGCUGUCGCCGCCCAGCCGCGGCCUCUUCCGCCGCGCCGUCCUGCAGAGCGGCGCCCCGAACGGGCCCUGGGCCACGGUGGGCGCGGCCGAGGCGCGGCGCCGGGCCACGCUGCUCGCGCGCCUCGUGGGCUGCCCGCCCGGCGGCGCCAACGACACCGAGCUGAUCGCCUGCCUGCGGGCGCGGCCGGCGCAGGACCUGGUGGACCACGAGUGGCACGUGCUGCCGCAGGAGAGCGUCUUCCGCUUCUCCUUCGUGCCCGUGGUGGACGGGGACUUCCUCAGCGACACGCCCGAGGCCCUCCUCAACGCCGGGGACUUCCAGGACCUGCAGGUGCUGGUGGGCGUGGUGAAGGAUGAGGGCUCCUACUUUCUGGUUUAUGGGGUCCCGGGCUUCAGCAAAGACAACGAGUCUCUCAUCAGCCGGGCCCAGUUCCUGGCUGGGGUACGGAUCGGGGUGCCCCAGGCUAGCGACCUGGCGGCCGAGGCCGUGGCCCUCCACUACACAGACUGGCUGCGCCCCGAGGACCCCGCCCACCUGCGGGACGCCAUGAGCGCCGUGGUGGGCGAUCACAACGUUGUGUGCCCCGUGGCCCAGCUGGCUGGGCGGCUGGCUGCCCAGGGGGCCCGGGUCUAUGCCUACGUCUUCGAGCACCGCGCCUCCACGCUGACGUGGCCCCUCUGGAUGGGGGUGCCCCACGGCUACGAGAUCGAGUUCAUCUUUGGGCUCCCCCUGGACCCCUCACUCAACUACACCAUGGAGGAGAGAGUCUUUGCUCAGCGACUUAUGAAAUAUUGGACCAAUUUUGCCCGCAAAGGAGACCCCAACGACGCCCGAGACCCCAAAUCUCCACUGUGGCCCCCCUACACCGCUGCGGCACAGCAGUACGUGAGCCUGAACUUGAAGCCGCUGGAGGUGCGCCGGGGGCUCCGGGCCCAGACCUGCGCUUUCUGGAAUCGCUUUCUCCCCAAACUGCUCAGCGCCACCGACACGCUGGACGAGGCGGAGCGCCAGUGGAAGGCGGAGUUCCACCGCUGGAGCUCCUACAUGCUGCACUGGAAGAACCAGUUCGACCACUACAGCAAGCAGGAGCGCUGCGCGGGCCUGUGACGGCGGCCCGGCCCGGCCCCGCCGUGUGCACACUAUCUGCCCGAGGGCCGGGGCCCGGCACGGCGGCCCCGCGCGCCCCGCGCCCCGAGGGGCGCCCCGUCUCUGCAUGCCCCGGCUGAGCCCCCUCCCCGCCGUGCCUUCGCCCCUCCGGGCCCAAUAAACUGUUACAACCA